AUGGACAUUCGAAUGGAAGAAUCGAUUAAUGGAGAUGUGGAAUAUCAGACCUUCCACUACUACUUCACCUUCUCCACAGUCUUGGCGGUGAUUCCGUUCGUCUACAUGACGCCCACGCUCGUGGUCAUGUUGCGAAUAUUCAACUCUUAUCGGUCUCCGAGCAAUUGGAGCAAUGCACAAACCAUGAAUCAUCACAUUUUCGUGAUUUUCAUGCUAUACUUCCUUUUCGUAAGUGCAUUCAUUUCUGAUGACUCUCCCGAAUCAUUUCCAGAACACACUCUUCUUCUUCGCCGAUUUCCUCCGUCUCUCACUUCCAGCGACGGGCAUCCUGACGUCCUGGUGUGCUCGAAUUCAACCGAAUCACUUUCUCAAACUCAUAUUCUAUUUCACCUUCUACUUCAACUACUGUAUCCUCAUUCUUCCGUUCCUCUUGUGCCUAGUCAGACUCGUCAUUCUUCUCUAUCCCACUGAUCAUCCAAAGGUUAGCAUCUGAUCACUUGAAACAUCAUUCAUGAAAAAACGUGUUUUACAGAUUUGUCCCAAAAUCAUGAAAGUCGCUCUCCCUGCUCUCUUUAUAAUUCCAUUCUUCUGCACAGCUUUCAUGAUUCCUUCCAUGGGUUACUGUAGGAAAAUGGGAGCUCCGUUGAUGUACGGAGCCGUGUACGUUUACUAUUCAGAAGGGUGGUUUGGGGUGAGCGGCCAACGACCUCGUGAGGAUGACGGGCGGUUCUUUUCAGUGGCGCAACUCGUACAUCCAUCUCGUGAUGUCUGUCGUCAUGUGCUCUCUAACGAUAAUCUGCUCAGUCUUGAUGCUGUUGAAGCUGCGGAGCUCGGCGUUCGGCAACUCGUGAGUGCUGGCCAUCCGGUCCCAAGCAGUCAGUUUGAUCUUUGCAGGUCAACCCGGACAAAGCAACAAUCGCACCGAGCAGAGACUUCUUUGUCAAUCACAAUGAUUUCUUCAAUCAUUCCAUUCAUCAACAACACAAUUCUAACGGUAACUAUCUAAGCAUCAAGUGACAGUCAACAUCUUUUUCCAGAUUGUCUACCUGACAUGCCCUGACCAUGUCUACUACCUAAUGAUCUUCCGACCCUUUGGAAACGACUGCGAGACUAUCAUGAUGCCCUGGAUCCUCUACCUGACACAUCCGAUGUUCCGCCAGAAGCGACUCUCUUCCGCCACAAUCUCCACGAUCCCUCUGCGAGCAAAGAGCUCAGCGGUGCUCUGA